CACUCAAUCGCUAAUUAUCCUUUCAUUUCUCUCUUUAGAAAGCCCAGUAAUCUUCAGAGCUCAUAACAAUGGCGCCAAAGGCAGAGAAGAAGCCAGCUGAGAAGAAACCGGUGGAGAAGGCCGAGAAGGCUCCGGCAGAGAAGAAGCCACGUGCCGAGAAGAAGUUGCCAAAGGACGCUUCCGGAACCGACAAGAAGAAGAAGAGAACGAAGAAGAGCGUGGAGACUUACAAGAUCUACAUCUUCAAAGUUUUGAAACAAGUUCAUCCAGAUAUUGGAAUCUCCAGCAAAGCUAUGGGAAUAAUGAACAGUUUCAUCAACGAUAUCUUUGAGAAACUCGCUCAAGAAGCCUCUAAGCUGGCUCGCUACAACAAGAAGCCUACCAUCACCUCUCGGGAAAUUCAGACCGCCGUUCGGCUUGUUCUUCCCGGUGAGCUUGCUAAGCACGCCGUUUCUGAGGGAACCAAGGCAGUUACUAAGUUCACCAGAGAGAAGAAGCCAGCUGAGAAGAAACCGGUGGAGAAGGCCGAGAAGGCUCCGGCAGAGAAGAAGCCACGUGCCGAGAAGAAGUUGCCAAAGGACGCUUCCGGAACCGACAAGAAGAAGAAGAGAACGAAGAAGAGCGUCGAGACUUACAAGAUCUACAUCUUUAAAGUUCUGAAACAAGUUCAUCCUGAUAUUGGAAUCUCCAGCAAAGCUAUGGGAAUCAUGAACAGUUUCAUCAACGAUAUCUUCGAGAAACUCGCUCAAGAAGCCUCCAAGCUGGCUCGGUACAACAAGAAGCCAACCAUCACCUCUCGGGAGAUUCAGACCGCCGUUCGGCUUGUUCUUCCCGGUGAGCUUGCUAAGCACGCCGUGUCUGAGGGAACCAAGGCUGUUACUAAGUUCACCAGCUCUUAGAGCUGAUCUGAUUUGGUUUAUAUCUUUGUUAUGUAAAGCUUUUUAUUGUUAUUAGUUAGUUAAUUUCUAUAUUUUCUAAUUAUUCCUUUUUGUAAUUUGUGGUGUAAAAUCCAUUUUAAAUGAGAAAUGAAAUGGUUCUUUAUCCAAA